GCAGAAAAUCCCCUGAGCUUGGCACCCCAGUCCCUCCAGCAGUACAUGAUGGCAUCUGAUAGUUUCCCCGCGCACCCACGCUGGUGCCACGGGUUUCAUCGCCGUCAAUGGUUUUGAACCAAUGAAGUUGAAGUCCCUUAAAAAGACGGACAGCCCACCCUCGUGGGAACUAUAGAGUUUGUGGACAGAUUUCUAUUGGGUUCAUAGUGGCGUAAUGCCCGCAGACUCCUGCGAGUUCCCCUAAGUUCUUAGAGGACCGCUUUGCCUUUUGAAUCAGAGAGUUGCAAAGUUCGAUAAAGAAUGGCCCUUGUGGAUAAGCACAAAGUCAAGCGACAGCGAUUGGACAGAAUUUGUGAAGGAAACGCGCAGUCGGCUGCGCCUGCCGUCUCGGAAGGGCCGGGACGCCGCCGGGCCGGGGGUUGAUGUGUGAAACGGAAGAUUUGUGAGGAGAGGCUGACGCCCCUGCCCGGGCCGCCGUCGCCGUGCGCCCAUGCCGGUGCCCAGCAGGCAUGUCAGCAUCGGCCGCUCUCAGAGCUGGGACGCCGCCGGGUGGUACGAGGGCCCCUGGGAGGCGGCGGAGGCUCCGGGCCGCAGCGGCGCCCCGACGGACGGAGGCCGGGACGGGCCCUGGUGCGCGCCCGCGCCCGACUUCUGCCGCGAGGCCCUCUACGGCCCGGCGGCCGGAAGGAAGAGCUCCGUCCCCGACUUCGCCUUUUACGACAGCAGGCAGGCCGUGCUGUCCGCCCGGGGCGCCAUGCUGCCGCGGGACUACUACGGCGACCCUGCCGGAGCCCCUCGGGCGCCCCGAGAGCCGCGUCCCCACCGGGACCCCGGCGUCAGCCGGCCGCUGCCCGGCUACGGGGUGCUUGGCGGCAGGAUGACAUGGGAGCAGGUGCAAGGCCGGGCCCCCGCCCUGCAGGACGCAGGUCACCUGUACCGGGAUCCUGGAGGUAAAACGGUCGCGCCGGGGCAGCGGACGCAGAGCAGGGCCCCGUCGCCCGUGCGCUACGCCGGGGAGCUGGCCGAUGGCAGGUAUGGGGUCGACGUUGCCGCCUACGCCGCUGGCCAAGCCUACAACGAUGCGGGCGACAGGCCUGUGGACCCCGCCCCUGCCAGGCAGGCAGCGCCCACCUGCCUGGUCGUGGACUCCACCGGGACUGCGGCCUCCGAGAGUGGCGCAGGGGCGGCCCCAGGCGCCCUGAAUCGAGGCUACGGGCAGGAACAGGUCCCUUCCAAGAUGUCUUACGAGAAUUGUGAGGCCGACCUGUCCACCUUCCAGGGGCCCGGGGGCAAGAGGAGCCUGCUGCCCGAGUUCCUGGCCCUCCUCCGAGCUGAGGGCGUGGCAGAGGCCACGCUGGUGGCCCUGCUACAGCAGGGCUUCGACUCCCCGGCCGUCCUGGCCACCAUGGAGGAUGCGGACAUCAAGUGCGUCGCGCCCAACCUGGGCCAGGCCCGCGUCCUGGGCCGUCUGGCCAGCAGCUGCAGGACUGAGAUGCAGCUACGGAGGCAGGGCCGGGUGGGGCCCCUGCCCCGGACACGCUCCAACAGCUUCAGCCACCAAAGCGAGCUCCACGGUGACUUGUCCUCUCUGCAGCCCCAGCCUGUCGGUCCCCUGCAGGCGGCGUCACCCCGGGCUGGAGACCUGGCUCGCCGCCCCUCCAGUGCACCAUCACAGCACCUCCUGGAGACCGCGGCUGCCUACUCUGCUCCUGCGGGGGGUGCCCAAGCCUCCCAUUUCGCCUCCAACUCUGGGUACAGCUCUCCCACCCCUUGCGCCCUGACAGCACGGCUGGGCCCCACGUACCCCCCACAUGCUGGAGUGGCCUUGAUUAACCCAGGCCCCGGGGCGCACCUUCACCCAGGCCCCAGAACAGCCUACUCCACGGCAUACACCGUCCCCAUGGAACUGCUGAAGCGGGAACGGAACCUGGCCGCGUCUCCCCUGCCCAGCCCCUACGGCAGCCCCCAGCUCCUGCGGAAGCCCGGUGUCCCUGUGGAGCCGUCCACCCUGCCGCCAGCCAGCCAGAGCCUCCACGCGCCUCACUCGCCCUACCAGAAGGUGGCCCGGCGGACAGGAGCCCCCAUCAUCAUGUCUACCAUGCUUGCUCCGGAACCAAGUAUCCGCCCCCAGAUCAUGAACGGCCCCCUGCACCCCCGCCCCCUGGUGGCGCUGCUGGACGGCAGAGACUGCACCGUGGAGAUGCCCAUCCUGAAGGACCUGGCCACCGUGGCCUUCUGUGAUGCACAGUCCACUCAGGAGAUCCACGAGAAGGUUUUAAAUGAAGCCGUCGGCGCCAUGAUGUACCACACCAUCACCCUCACCAGGGAGGACCUGGAGAAGUUCAAGGCCCUGCGAGUGAUCGUGCGGAUAGGCAGCGGCUACGACAAUGUCGACAUCAAGGCUGCCGGGGAGCUGGGGAUCGCUGUGUGCAACAUCCCAUCGGCAGCAGUGGAGGAAACAGCCGACUCCACCAUCUGCCACAUCCUCAACCUGUACCGGAGGAACACGUGGCUGUACCAGGCCCUGCGGGAGGGCACGCGGGUGCAGAGCGUCGAGCAGAUCCGGGAGGUCGCCUCCGGAGCGGCCCGCAUCCGUGGGGAGACGCUGGGCCUCAUCGGCUUUGGUCGCACAGGGCAGGCGGUCGCUGUUCGAGCCAAGGCCUUUGGAUUCAGCGUCAUCUUUUAUGACCCCUACUUGCAGGAUGGGAUAGAGCGGUCCCUGGGCGUGCAGAGGGUAUACACCCUGCAGGACUUACUGUAUCAGAGUGACUGCGUCUCCUUGCACUGUAAUCUCAACGAGCAUAACCACCAUCUCAUCAAUGACUUUACUAUAAAGCAGAUGAGGCAAGGCGCCUUCCUGGUGAACGCAGCCCGCGGAGGGCUGGUGGACGAGAAGGCUUUAGCCCAGGCGCUCAAGGAAGGCAGGAUACGAGGGGCGGCCCUCGACGUGCAUGAGUCGGAGCCUUUCAGCUUUGCUCAGGGUCCCUUGAAAGACGCACCGAAUCUCAUCUGCACGCCCCACACAGCCUGGUACAGUGAGCAGGCCUCGCUAGAGAUGCGGGAGGCAGCUGCCACGGAGAUCCGCCGGGCAAUCACAGGUCGCAUCCCAGAAAGCUUAAGAAACUGUGUGAACAAGGAAUUCUUUGUCACCACAGCUCCCUGGUCAGUAAUAGAUCAGCAGGCUAUUCAUCCUGAGCUCAAUGGUGCCACCUACAGAUACCCGCCAGGCAUCGUGGGCGUGGCUCCAGGAGGACUUCCUGCCGCCAUGGAAGGGAUCAUUCCCGGAGGCAUCCCUGUGACUCACAACCUCCCCACAGUGGCACACCCUUCCCAAGCUCCCUCUCCCAACCAGCCCACAAAACACGGGGACAAUCGAGAGCACCCCAACGAGCAAUAGCAGAGAAUGACAAAAGGUCAUCAUUCAGAUAAACCUGGGACCAAGAGACAGUGAAAACUAGAUGAACUAAGAGGAGAGGAAUUGGACAGACAGUCUUUGAAACUGGUUCUGGACAUAUGCAUCACUGACUUUGCAGUGUUAAAACUACACAAGAGCUAGAAGCCGAGACGUGGGGAAACUGAAGAGGCCGUCUACUUACGGAAGCGCUGAAAGACUAGGACGUGGUUUAUUAACGACCAACUUCUGUUAUUGUGUGUUAAGUUUUUCAUCUGUGCAUCAAAUCACAAAGAAUAAAUAGAUUUUUCCUUUAUCAGUCCCUUGGGCACAGCAGGUCCUCAACACCUUGCUCUAGAAUGUUGCAUCAAGAGUUCCAAACAUCCAAAUAAAAAAUCUUAAGAGGAAAUCCCCAUCCUGUGACUCUAGUCCCUUCAGUCCACAGGGGCUGGUUACCUCUUUUGCUAAUAGGAAGAUUAAAUUACUCCAAAACAGGGAGAAAACUGUUUGCCUGUUAGACAACUCCAAGCAUAGGAUUGAAGACAGUACAGAGAAGUCUCCCAUCUGAACUGCAUACUGAGCAGGCAAGUUGCUUGUAAGUUCAGUGAUACCCUCUGACGAUGCAAAAAAAAGUAUUAAGUUUCACAAGCUGUUUGUACUCAAAUAUAUUUUCUCAGUUCAGAUCCUCAGCUAUUUUAUUGAGUGGAAAGUCUUGAACUGAAAGGGUUCAAGAAGAAUAAUGUUGCAUUUCCUUAUGUCUCAGGAAACACUUUUUAUGGUAACUUGUCAGAUUGUCUAUGAACAAACCCACUUUUUUAGACAUUGAUAAAGUCUUCUUUUCUUCACGUGAUAUUUUAUACAAGAACACUUCAGGUGUGUUAUUAGAUGUGACUGAUUUUAACAAAUCCUAUUAGAUUUGUAUCAACUAGUUACAUGUUAUAUUCAUAGUCUUUUGUGAAUCAUUGCCUUUUUGUUUAAAAGAUGGCCUAUUUUGAGCCUUUGUAUAGGUACAUUCCUGUUUUUGUGACAAAAAAAAAAAAACCUUUAAAACUGUCCCAAACAGAAAAAUAAUGGCUAUCAGAAAUAUGUUUUGUUUUAGUGUGAGUUACCGUUACUGUAUUUGUUUAUUGUAAAGGUGGACAUUUAGCGUUCAGUGCAGUUUUCAAUAAAAAGUAAUAAAAAUUUGUUAA